UCUCGUCAAGCUCUCGUAAGAUCAAACAUCUUCCCACGACCCUGUCUCUCUCUCUGUCUCUCUGCGCUCCUAGAAAGAAGCAUGAAACCUCCAUGUCCUGUCCAAGACAGAGCCCACAAAAAGGACAUCAGAUGCCACAAUUAUGGUGGCGGCUCUGCUGCUGCGACUACUGCGCUCAAUCCCCUCCUCGUCUUCGCUCUCCUCCUCGCCACCAUCUUCACCCUCUUCAUGCUCUUCUCCCCCUCCCCUCCGAUGAUCAAGCCCGACCUCCAGCGAAACACCUCCUCCUUCAUCAGGCCUCAACAGGAUUGUGACUUGUACAGAGGGCACUGGGUUCCAGAUUUUAGACGGUCUUCUUCGUACACGAAUUCGAGCUGCCCGACCAUUCCGGACUCCAAGAACUGCUUCAGGCAUGGGAGGAAAGACACGGACUUUCUGAAUUGGAGGUGGAAGCCCGACGGGUGCGAGCUCCCGAGGUUCGAUCCUCGGGCCUUCCUGGGUAUGGUGCGAGGGAAGACCCUAGCCUUCGUCGGCGACUCCGUCGCCAGGAACCACAUGGAGUCGCUGCUCUGUCUCUUGUCGCAGGAGGAAACGCCGGUCGACGUCUUCAAGGACUCGGAAGAUCGGUUCCGGACGUGGCACUUCCGGGGACACGACUUCACGCUCAAGAUCCUCUGGUCACAGUUCCUGGUGCGGGGCGAAGAGGAAGUGAUCAACGGCUCGUCUACGGGGACUUUCUCCCUGCACCUCGACGAGGUGGACGGCGCGUGGGCGCGCGAGAUCCCCACCGUGGACAUCGCCGUGGUCUCCGCGGGGCACUGGUUCUUCAGGAAGAUCCGCCUCUACCAGCGGGGCCGCCUCGUGGGCUGCGUCUACUGCGAGGAGCCCAACGUGACCUCCUACGGCCCCGAGCACGCGCUGCGCAUGUCACUCCGCGCGGCGCUUGGCCACAUCAAUGAAUGCGAGGAGUGCAAGGGGACGACGACGACGCUGCUGAGGACAUUCUCGCCGGCGCACUUUGAGAACGGGACGUGGGACACGGGCGGGGGGUGCGCCCGGACGAGCCCGUACGGGGAGGGCGAGAUCGAUCUGGGGAGCUCCGAGUGGGGGUUCAGGAACAUGCAGAUGGAGGAGAUGGCGAGGGCCGAGCGGGUCGGGAGGGGAAGGAGGAGAGGGAGGCGGUUUGCGGCGUUGGACGUGACGAGGGCGAUGCUGAUGAGGCCGGACGGCCAUCCCGGCGAGCACUGGGGGAACAAGUGGAUGAGAGGCUACAACGACUGCGUGCAUUGGUGCUUGCCGGGCCCUAUUGAUGUCUGGAGCGACUUCCUGAUGGCUGCUCUGAGCCAACAUAUAUAAAUAUCAUUUAUAGAGCAAAAUUAAAGAUAAAUUAAUACUUGUUCAUGGUUUUUAUACCAUUAUUAAUAUAGUUACAAUGUAAUCGAUUCUUUGCA